UCUUUUAAUGAAAUACGGCGCAAAUCAGUGCCAAGUUCCGAAUCGGUAAAUCAGUAACUGACAUCAGACACCGGGGUGGGAGACAGCUUGUAGACCGCAUAUAUACCACCAGACAGCCCUUGAACGUGUAGCUGUCAUUCCCAACCAGGCUAAUGUGAGUUAAAACGACCCGGUGAUUUAAAGUGCGACAGGAAGAAACCGGGCUAUGCGUUGUUGUUGUGUGGCAGUUGACUGUCCGUGCCACAGUGCUGCUGCUGCUGCUGCUGCUCCGCGGUGUCUGCUGCCAGUUUCCUCUUGAACAAACGGGAAGUUUUUCUGGGCCGGAGUCAUAUGAUGUGACUGUAAGGAAGGAGGAACACGCCUGUGUCAGAGGGUCACUUUAUUUCCUCCCACAGAAACCACAAAAAGUCUCCCAACUCCACAAAGGGGAAGGUGUUUCUCCGCCAGAGGAAAGUGAACCGAGCAUGGUGAUGUCAACGUCGGAACAGAAACUCAGCUUCCCCAGUCGUGACAACUUAGCCACUUUAGCUGUACUGUAGCUAAUGUAACGUGAUGCAACACGGCUAGCAUUCACUAAUGUAAUGUAAUGUGAAGUGUGGAUACAGUGGCGCUUUACUCGUCUUCUUCCCAUGCUACUGUAGCCAUACUGUAGCGGCCACUCAGACCCGGUUGUGGUCGGCUGCUCGGAGAGGGACUGCACCGACUGACCUAAAUGCACGUCAACUCGUCAGCUGGAAAACGAUAUUUCAAAGACCAUGGUUAACAAAGAGGAGUUGGAGGAAAGGCUGAAGAAACUGCUGGUGAGGCUGAACACCCCGCAAGAAGACAGACAGCUGUGCACGCUGAUUCAGAUAAUCCAGGAUCUGCUUUUCCUGGCGCACACCGACGAUGCAGCUGAACUGUUUGAAGACAAAAAUGUUCAUGUCCCCCUCAUGGUGGUGCUGUCGUCCUACAUCAGCAGCAAAGGAGUCCAGCAGGUGGGUUGGUCAUUGCUGUGUCGAAUGAUUGAAAUAUGCCCCAGUACACUGGACCAGCUGACCAGACCUCUGCAGGCAGCCAAGGACUGGGAGGUACUGGGAGUGCACCAGCAGAUCCUGAAAGCACUGUCUCAGUACAGAACGGACUGUAAAGUGACCAUGGUUGGACUCAGAGCCCUGGCUCUUCUGCUCAGAUCAGACAUGAUUCCUCUGCUGGUGCUGGAGGAGGAAGAGGAGGAAGUGUUUGGCCUGGUGGUGCAGGCGAUGAAGACGUUUCCUACCAGUGAAGAGGUGCAGCUCCAAGGCUGUGGAGCUCUGCAGUUCCUCCUGGAGGGAGUAAGCGAUGAGCACCUCGUGGAGUUUGUGGAGAACCAGGAUCAUGUUGUGGUUCUGGCGGCUCUACAGAGGUUCCCGGACAGCCCUGAGUUGCUCCAGCAGGCCAUGAAGGUGCUGCUUCCACUGUCUCGUCCUGGCAGUAACGUGGAGAUGUUGAUGUCGGGGGGUGCUCGGUGCUACAGUGUGAUCAUUGCUGCAAUGGAUGCCUUCCCAGAGGUGGAGGAGUUGCAGGAGACGGGCUGCUGCCUGUUCAGGAGGUUUACAUCAGAGAGUUACUACAACAUCCUGGUACUGAACGGUGUCCAGAGGGUCGCAGUAAGAGCCUGUCAGACUUUCCCUGACAACGCCACACUGCAAGCCGCCGCUCUCUCCUGCCUGGCUGACCUCACUGCAACCAUUGUGCAGAACAAAGCGGUAGCCGAGCAGGGUUUGGAGGAAGGAGAGGAGGAGGAGAACAGAGGUAAAGAGGUGGUGGAGGACAUGGGCCUGGGCUGGAUGGAGGCCUGCUGUAGGGCACUGGAUCUCCACGCUGCUGAACCAGCCGUUCAGGAAGCUGCAAGCUGGGCCAUUCACAAUCUGUUACUGCACGGAGCUGGGGUGGACCAUUCAGGAGACGAGCAGGAUGAGAGGACUCCUGUUCAUAGACAGUUAAUGGCAGCCAUGCUGCUCCACUCCUCCUCGCCCCGUGUGUUUGAAGCUGCUACCAGUGCCAUUGCCACACUCAUCACACACAACAGUAAAAUGCGUUCACUGCUGCUGUCCAGUGGCCUUCACGUCAAUCUAGUAGAGAUGAUGAAGAGACAUUCAACCUCAGCUGAAGUUUCCAUCAGCGCCUGCAAACUGCUAAACCUGCUCUUCCAGGGAAGGACAGCCAGUCUAGAUGAGUUGAACAUGGCCAUGAGUCAGAUCCUCAGUGCAAUGAAGAUUCAUAACUUCCAGCCAGAGGUUCAGCUGGAGGCUCUGCAGGCCAGUCUGGUCUUCCUCUGCCCAGACAGGAGUUUGAGGGAGCAUGGCAUCUCGGUCGCAGAUCCAGACAUGGCCGACGUGUCGCUGAAGGUCCUGAAAAACCAGUGUGUGGUGGAAGGAGCUCACACCCUCUACCUGGAGGUUCUCAACAGGUUUAUCAGCAGCUCUGCCAUACAGAAGUGUGGCCUGAAGGUGCUGUCUGCUCUGGCUGACUGCUCCGGUGCAGUGGACUUGCUCUGCCAGCAGGGGGCAAUAGACACAGUGCUGCAUACACUACAGAUGUUCCCACAGGAACGAGAGAUACACUACUGGGGUCUUACCCUGCUCACCUACCUCGUAUCCAAGAAGAAGCUGUCGAGGAUGAUUGUACCUGUUCUGGCCUCUGUUGUGGUCGCCUCACUCAUCCAGUACAGAGAAGACUUUGAGAUGCUCCUGAAGUGUUUCCAGGUGGCUCUGAGGAUGCUGGAUGCCUGUUCAGGAGCAGCUGCUGAACUGCAGAGAGAAGACUUUGAUAGGCAGAUCUUCCAACAACUCAGAGAGGAGACUCCUGACCAGAGCAACAACCCGCUGCGUAAGUCGGUGUGCCUGGCUCUGUCUAAGAUGUGGUGUGACUCAGAGCUACACUACAGCAUGCUGGAAAAGGCCUGCGAGGACGGAGACACAACACUGGCCGAGUGUCUGAUUGAGCUGGGUGCAGACAUCAAUAAGAAGACCAAAACAGAAUCUCUCAUCUACCAGGUGUGUGAGAGAGGCGGACCCCUCGAGCUGGUGGAGCUGCUUCUCAGCCGGGGUGCCCACGAGCAGCACCUCCGCAGAGCUCUGGCUGUGAGCGUGAAGCGGGGCGACGGACCCACAGUCAUUCAGCUGCUGGGGCGUCUGGGUCUGGACCUCAACAACAGCGCACUCUGCCUUGGGGGCUUCAGGCUGUGCCGUCUAGACGCCGCCUGGCUGAGCCCCUUGCUGGCUGAAAGAGGCAGAAUAUACUGUCUCCGUUACAACAACAGUAAAGGAAUGAGUUUGGCAAGGUACAUACAGUCUUUACAGAGGUCCAAGAGUAGCAGUGGUCCUCUUAGAUCUCUGGCCGACCCCUGUCUGACCUCUGGCUACAUUUCUGAAGAGAGUGACGACUCCAGCUUCAGCUUUGUCUCCAUGGACGACAGCCUAUUCUUCAACGACGACAUGGAGAGUGAUGGGAGUGAUUCACUCUCAGGGGCUCUGUCUCCAAAACCGCACAAUAAUUCAACAGAGGAGUUGAGGGGCGGAUCCUUUAAAAGGAAGCAGGGGCGUCGCAGACAUGCCAGUGCAGAGAGUGGUCAAACUGAGAAUGAACAUAGUGAGCCUGUACACAGGAGAUAUGGAAGGACUGGCUCAAGCCAAAAAGUGUUCGGUGAGAACUCUGCUGCUCUGCCCAAAGAGAGGGAGAGGAUUCGCCUGCUGGACCUGUCAGGUAAUGAGCUGGACUCUUUGUCCUGUCUGAUGGAUGAUGGCUUCGUCCAGCAGCAACUGGGGCAUCUCCUCCGCCUGGACCUGAGCCACAACUGUCUGCUGGAAUUUCCUUCAGCACUUUGCCAGAGUUUGACGAGUCUGACUCGCCUGGACCUGCAGGGCAACCAGCUCCAGUCGUUGCCAGUGGAACUGCUGUCUCUGCUCUCACUGAGCAUGUUGAACGUCUCCCGUAAUUGUGUGGGUCCCCUACUGACCUUUGAUUCCACUGUUACCUGCCCAUCGCUGCGGCAGCUCAAUCUGUCUUUCAACAAAAUCACCACAUUCCCUCACGAGUUGGGCCGCGCCAUGCAUCAACUGGAGGAGCUGUUUUUGGAAGGUAACAGUAUAAGUGAGCUUUGUGUGCCUCUGUGUCUGCCGGAGAUUAAGCUGCUUGAUGUGAGCAAGAACAGCAUGGAGAGUAUUUCUCCAGACUUCCUGACUGGCUGCCCCAAAUUGGAAACUUUGAAUGUCUCCAUGAACAAAAUCUGUUCUCUGUCACAUCUCUCAUCUAAGAUCACAACACUGAAACUAGCAAACAACAAUUUCACUGAAGUUUCUGAGGCUAUACUCCAUCUCCCAAACUUGCGGUCAUUGGACAUGAGAACCAACAACAUUGCUUCUCUGCCUGGCCCGGGAUUCUGGGAGUCCAGCAACCUCAGAGAGCUGAUCUUCAGUCAUAACUGUAUCAAAGAUCUGGAUCUGAGUGGUCCGAUCUACAAAUGGGCCAGACUGGAGAAACUCCACCUGAGCAACAACAAGCUCACUGAGAUCCCUCCAAAGAUCGGCCUGUUGGAGGGCCUGACCUCCCUGGAUGUGAGUCAUAAUACUAACCUGCGCUCCUUCCCGGAUGAGAUGGGGAAACUGGGCCGACUGUGGGACCUGCCGCUGGACGGCCUUCGACUCCAGCUGGACCUCAAACUCAUUGGCAGCAAGACCAAAGACAUCGUCAGGUUCCUGCAGCAGCGGCUGAAGAAGGCAGUGCCGUACUACCGGAUGAAGCUCAUCGUUGUUGGGAAUGUGGGAAGUGGGAAGACCACCCUGAUCCAGCAGCUGAUGAAGCUGAAGCGCUCCCAGUUGAACUCGAAGCAGGACACUUUUGGCAUUGACGUCCGGGACUGGACCGUCAGGGAACGGGACAAGAAGAAAAUGGUGCUGAACGUCUGGGACUUCUCAGGUGGAGAGGAGUUCAGUGGCUCUCACCCUCACUUCCUGACUUCCAGAGCUCUCUACCUGGUGGUAUACAACCUCAACAAAGGAGCCAGUCAGGUGGACGCUCUCAAACCCUGGCUCUUUAACAUCAAAGCUGCAGCUCCUCUGUCCCCAGUCAUCUUGGUAGGAACCCACACAGAUGUGAGCGAGGAGCUGCAACUUCAGUCCUGCAUGACCAAGAUCAGAGAGGAGCUGCUGAACCACCAAGGCUUCCCUGCCAUCAAGGACUACCACAUAGUCUCUGCUUGCGAGGACUCAGACGCCAUGACCAAGCUCCGCAAGGCCAUCUUCAGGGAAGUCACCAGCUUUAAGAUCCAGGGCCAGCCUGUGAUGGGCCAGCUGGUUCCAGACAGCUAUGUGGAGCUGGAGCGCCGGGUCCUGCAGGAAAGAACCCGGGUUCCCCCAGAGUUCCCUGUUCUCAGGCACCAGGUGCUACUGGAGCUCAUCCAGGAGAGUCAGCUGCAGCUGGAGGAAGCUGAGCUGCCCCACGCUGUCCACUUCCUCAGUGAAGCUGGAGUUUUACUGCACUUUGAUGAUCCUGCACUUCAGCUCCAAGAACUCUACUUCAUCGACCCACAGUGGCUGUGCAACAUCAUCUCCCAGAAACUGACAUUAAAGAGCUGCGGCUUCUGGGAACCUCCUAAAGGAGUUAUUCAGCGCUCAGUGGUGGAGAAGUUUCUGUUUGAGACCAAAUGUUUCCCCAAGAGCCACUUCACGCAGUUCUUAAAACUGCUGGAGAAGUUUCAGAUCGCUCUACCCUUUGGCGAGGACCAGCUACUGGUACCCAGCAGUUUGUCCAGACACAGGCCGGUGAUAGAGCUGCCUCACUGUGAGAACUCCGAGGUGAUUGUGCGUCUGUAUGAGAUGCCGUACUUUCCCAUGGAUUACUGGUCUCGCCAGAUCAGCCGCUUAUUGGAGUUUUCCUCUUACUUGCUUUCUGGAAGAGAAAAAGCGGUGCGACCCAACCGGAUCUACUGGAGGAGAGGGGUGUACCUGAGCUGGUCCCCAGAGGCCUACUGCCUGGUGGAGGCUGCCUCAGUGGACAAGAACCCCUCCAGCUUCGUCAGGAUAACUGUGCCCUCUUCACGCAUAGGCCGGGUGCUGCUGGGUCAGGUGGUGGAUCACAUCGACUCCCUGCUGGAGGAAUGGUUUCCUGGCCUGCUGAACACUGACAUGCACGGCAGUGGUGAGGCUCUGCUGAAGAAGUGGGCUCUCUACAGCUUUGAGGACGGGCAGGAGUGGAGCAAGAUUCUGCUCGAGGACCUCUUUACCUGUUUUGAUAAUGAUUUCCUGCUGGUGAACCCGGAGGACCCCCGCUGCACACUUCCUAUCUCUCAGAUUGCUCCUGACUUGGUGCUGAUUGACCAGCCUGCAGGAACAAUCCUGGACAGUGAAGAGCUGGCUGUAGACAUGUCUAAAGAGAAGCGACUGGGGGACGGUGGCUUUGGGACUGUGUAUCGAGGUGUCUACAAAAACGAAGAAGUAGCUGUAAAAAUAUUCAACAAGCAUGCAUCUGAGCUUUACAUCCACAGACUCCUCAGACAGGAGCUGGCGGUGUUGGGUCGCCUCCGUCACCCCAGCCUGGUAGGUCUGCUGGCAGCUGGCUCAGCCCCUCAGGUCCUGGUGAUGGAGCUGGCUCUGCGAGGCUCACUGGACUCCCUCUUUGAACAUGAGAAUGGCAGCCUCAACCGAAAGCUCCAGCACAGAAUCGCCCUGCAAGUGGCUGACGGACUCAGGUACCUUCACUCAGCCAUGAUCAUCUAUCGGGAUCUCAAGCCUCACAACGUCCUCCUGUUCAACCUGAAGACCGACUCUGAGAUCAUCGCCAAGAUUACAGACUACGGCAUCGCUCAGUACUGCUGCAGCAUGGGAGUGAGGAGCUCGGAGGGCACACCAGGUUUCCGAGCACCAGAGGUUGCCCGAGGUAAUGUGAUCUAUAACCAGCAGGCUGAUGUGUUCUCAUUUGGCCUGCUGCUCUACGACCUGCUGACUUGUGGUGAACGCAUCUCCGACGGCAUGAAGUUCCCCAGCGAGUUUGAUGAGGUUGCAGUGCAGGGAAAACUGCCAGAUCCAGUAAAACACUAUGGUUGUUCACCUUGGCCGGGCUUCCAGGCUCUGAUGAAGGACUGUUUGAGGGAAAGCCCUCAGGGUCGACCCACUUCUGCUCAGGUGUUCGAUAGGCUGAAUUCAGGGGCGAUGCUGUGCCUGAUGAGGGAGCUGGUGGUUCCCCGGGUGUUUAACGCUGAGUGCUUCGAAGUGAGCUCUGGUGACAGUGAUGGCCCCUCAAACAGCCACAGAGCCUGGCUGGGUGGAGGCAGCAGCGCCCAGAAACUAGGCUCCAUCACAGCUGUGGACCUGGACACCAACACAGUCACUACACAGGAGAUUGACACCAGUCCCGUCUUGUGUCUUGUGACUGUCCAAAUCCCAAACGAGGCCGGUGAUUGGCUGGUUGCAGGCACCCAAUCUGGCUCCUUAGUGGUCAUCAGCACUCAGGACACGUCAACCUGGCACCACCUGCAGAGUGUCACAGAUGCUGUCACCUCGCUGUACUUCCAAACACACCCGCCGCGCACCCAAAGAAAGAAUUACUUGCUGGUUGGGACAGCCGAUGGAAUUCUCACUGUUUAUGAGGACUCUGUUCUCAAGCAGGAGAACGGGCAGCCGGUUAAAACUCUCACUGUGGGAAACGUCAACACGCCCGUCAUGUGUCUGGGCCAGUCAGUGCACUCGCUGGACAGCCGGUCUGUGUGGGCUGGCUGUGGGACCAAGAUCCUCUCCUUCACAGCUGACUACGACGUCUGCAAGUCCAUUGACACAAGACCAAACCUAAUCUUCCAGCAGCAGCGGUCGUUCGGUGGUGAAGCGUGUGUGUCUCGAAUGGCGGUGGAUAAAUAUGUUUACCUGAGCAAAGCCGGGACACCAACCGUCGAGGUUUGGGAUAAGAGGAGCGAGAGGAUGGUGGACUGCAUCGACUGUGCUCAGAUCAUCAGGCUGAGAACAGUGCAGAUGUUCAGGAAGACCUCCUACUCCUAA